CAGAAUGCGUUGAGUCAGCGGCUCAGCGUGCCAUGCCGCCCAAGAAGAAAUUCAACCGUGAGCGCCGCGAACGCCGUGCAGAGCUACGACAGCAACGUUUGGGGCAAACGUUUAACCAUGUCAUUUCUUUGGGUUCAACUUGUCUUCUCGCUCGGCACUUGCAGAACAAAGGCCUGCGCAUGGCCAAGUUCCCUUUUGAUUGGAUGUUCUCCACUCCAUAUUUGGUGCGUCAUGCGUUGAGUGACAACUUCAAGACCUUCCUGGAUCCCAAACAGUACAGCCGAACUUCAACCGGAGGUCGCAAUGUGGGUACCCAUCACAAAGUCUAUCGAUUGAUGCAAGACACCAAGGGCCGGAAAGUGCUUUGUCCGCAUCAUCAGCUGUGGACCGGCGCCCAAACAGCCAAAGUGGACCGGGACUCCUACCGCCGCGCCGUGCAACGCUUGCGCACGGUGCUGACGACGACGUCGCGGACGCUCUUCGUGCUGCUGGUGACGUUGCGCAGCACCGAAGCCUUGGAAGCUGCCAGAGACGACAGCUGGAGCCCAACGGGGCGGGGGAAAUGUCCGUUGCCAGAGCAUGGAGGUCCUGAACUCUGCUCUCGAGCUGAGAUCCUGCGUUUGUUCAAGCUCUUGCAAGAGAAGUGUGCCGGACCUUUUCAUUUCGAUGUGGUGUAUCUCGUCACACCCAGGGCACAAGCUACAAAGCACGGAAGUGUACGGAGCAGGGCUUCGUGCGUUCUCAAAAAGAAUGGUCGAAAAGGGAGAUCGUUGAAGAUCAGCGAAGUGUAUUGCAAAGGGGACAAUACAGGGCUGGUCUUUCAAGAAGAAGCAGACAUGCUGGCUUUCCACAACAUCCUGACAGAGUGUGGAUACAGACGCUUUGCCCUAUCACAGGAGGAUGGGUCCAAGAAAAAUGGCGAUGCCGAGGCCAUCAAGCGUCCCAGAGAGAGAGGGGCACAGGAAUCCGUGAAGGUUGAUUUCAAACGACCACAAUCACUGAAGAGACGAUUGCAAUUCGUCCAGAAGAAUCCGAAAGUGCAAGGAUCUUCAGCUCAUCAGCGCUAUGAGAAGUACAAGAAGGCUAAGACACUUGAGGAGUUCUUGGACCUCGGCGGCUGGAAAGGUGAUUUCCACAAUGACCGGGCCCAUGGCUUUCUGUCUCUCAGAUGACGAACAACAGCUUGCCCAGCUUGCAGCUUUCGUGGAAAA